AUGGCUCAACACGAUUGGUGGGAAUGUGGAAUAAAAGUUGAUAACACGUUCCGGCCACAUAUCAUCGAGCUUUUCCUGCAACGCAAGCCCGACUUACUCCUGCAAAAAUCUAAGUGUAAUCUUUUCUUGGAAGGGACCAUCAUCACGGGAAUGGCUAUCUAUCAGGGUACUCCGGAAAUGGUGAAGAUAUUGUUACGCUAUCCGGGCAGCGAUGUCGAGCAAGGCGUCCUCCGUAUGCCACUUCUGUGUUGGGCUGCGUUCCAGGGCGAAGCGGACAUGGUCGCAAUGCUGAUAGAGCAGGGUACUUCCCUUCAGGGGAUUGACGGCCGCUACGGGCGAAACGCGCUUUCCUGGGCAGUCAUUAAGGGCCACCAAGGCGUGUUCGCCCAUUUACUGCACACUCCCGGUUUCGGGUUGGAUGACGUUGAUCAACAAGGUCGGUCGGCGCUCUUCCACGCGGCAGUCGCUGGCCAUGAAGACAUGUUCGAAGAACUUAGAUCCCGGGGCUGCGCCGUGCAUCGUCCUGACCAAUUUGGCUUCACUCCCCUAAUUGUAGCGGUUCAGCACAGACGGGAGAAUGUCAUCCAGAAGAUCCUUGAGAACCAUCCGCUAACACAGGAGCCCCGGGACCGCUUUGGUCGCAGUCUGUCGUGGUGGAUGCGCUCGACUGGAAAUGAUGCCUUGCGAGAAGUCAUCGUCGGCUACGGCAUGCAACUUGGGGGGCUUAGUCCGAUAGAAGAAAUCCGUUCAUUUCUUCAUUAUGAGUCGAAUCGGUCGAAACAGCCUUGCGAUGUCUGUACGCUUGGUCUCAAUCGAGGUGACAGAGGCAUUGAAUGUGGUUCGGGGUGCAGGAAAUAUCGGAUUUGCCACAUAUGCCGUCAGUUUGGUGCGAGCAGUGAGGACUUUGAGGGAUCGGAAUCUGAGGGAUCCACUGAAUAG